AUGGCCUUCCUGGGACUCGAUGGCGACCUUGAAGGGGUCGGGGCGUCGAAUCCAAAUCCACUGCCACUCGCCGUGAAGGGCAAUGCCACUGCAGGAGGAAGGAGUGCCGCAGCGGGGAUGACGGAGGGCGCGAGGGCACGGACGUCUGAGGCCAGAGCGACGACAAUAGCUUUGAGCACCGGUGGCGCGGGGUGUGUGGAUUUGGAGCGUGGCGGAUCACGGAGCAAGGUCGGGUUGCUACCCACGCCGAUCGUGGUGGAGAUUGUGGCUCUCCGCGUUAAGGCCAAGGCCCUAGGGUACGACAACAUGCUUCAAAACCCGGGCGUCGAGUCGCUAGGUUUGCAAGCCUAUGAAGGUGAAUCUGGACCCGCGGGGAUCGACAUGGACAAGGUUGAUUGA